AUGAGCGGCUUUUCCUCAGAUGAGGACGAUAUGAAUACUUGGUCGUCAUCAGUCGAGGAUCCGGAGAAACACUUUCUCGGUAAUCUACUGGACGAUGAAACAUCUUUUUCAACAUCACCUGUCUCUCGAAGUUUAAGUAAUAGAUCUAGUGAUAUUCCUGCUUCUUCAGUCAUAUCAGGUGUAGGAAGUGUAGAUUGUUCUGUUCAAAACUUCUGGCCUGAGCCACCACCGCCUUAUUCAGCUUCUGAUAGUUCAUCCUCUUCUUGGCUUCACAAAAAUAAUUCUAGUUUUCAUUACAACGACGUUCUUACAACUAACAAAAUAAAAGAGCCUCAGGAAUGGGAAACUCUUCUAGGAAGUAGCUUCUUAAACCAGUACCAAUCUCCCCCACAGAGCUUUAUCGGACAUCUCUCCCAUCCACAACACCAAAAUUUGUAUCAACUCAAUCAUGUUGAACAAGUGCGUCACUGCGCUCCAAACAAUUCUGAUUUACCUCCAUCUUUAGACUUUCCUCAUCCUUUUUCUUUUGUUGUAAGUCGCAAAAAAGAUCAUGCUAAGCCUCCUCCUCACUCCGCACCUGUAGUCAAUAAAAUGCCAUUCAGUUAUCGGGAUGUAGCUGCUAGAAAUGAAACGCCUACAUCCGGACAUAGUCCGUCCCAGCAGGCUCAGAAAACUAUUUCUACGAUCGAGAAUGAUCUGUCCAGAUCGAGCGGCUUAUCAAGCCUAGAAACAUCUUUUGAACGAUCAGGAAACUCGGGCCAAUCCCAUAGGGAUAAUAAGCCUAAAGCUGUCGAGGAAUUCCAAAAGAUAUCUCGCAAGAGAAAUGGCAAAGAGAAGAAAGUCAUCCCGGACUCAGCAUCUAUGCCUCUACUCAACAAGCCAAACGUGGAAGAGCCUACGAAGUACCAUGUGUUGGAGAAGCUUGUAAUACCGAGUCCGAAAAUUAUUGCUGUCGGUGGUGAGAACGAGAAUAGAGAAGAUUCUGACUUGGCUAAAACACGUCUUUUGUCAUCAAAUGUAAGAUCGCGUUCAACAUCUAUUUGCCCAGAGGAGGAAAGUUCACGUUCGAGAAGUUUGAAAGUAGAAAAUAAAAAGAGGAGUUCCACUCAAAGCAAAAAGAGGGGUUUGCGAAAGAAGGAGGACGAAGGAUUUUCCAAGUUGGCUACCAUCGCAUGGGCUUAUGUUCUCUGUGCUUGUGAACAGUUCCAAAAUGCUUGUGAAUGGUUGAUGUCGUUGAUCAUCGAUGUCAGCUCCAACAUGUUCGACGUGUUUUUGUUCGGGUUAUCUUGUUUUUGUUACAAAUUAGAAUUCACAAUCAGAUGCUAUAUGCUGGCAUGUGCUGCCUGGAUAUCAGAAAGUAUGUGGCGUCUGAGAAAUUUCUGUCGGAAACCUCAGAAUGCGGGUACGGAGUCGAUCGGAUGUGAAGAAAGUAUCAAAGUUUCAACAAAUGCGGCUGAGGAAGUUUUUCGAAUUUCCCGAGUCCGAAAUAUAGAUGCAUAUUCUAUUUUGGGACUUCGAUUAGAUUGCUCUGACGAGGAAAUACGCAGGAAUUAUAAAAAGCUAGCUAAUGUGUUGAACGCAAAUUAUACGAACGGUGGACACGACAAGGUCGAAGGUAUUGAGUAUGCAAGAAAGAUGGUUAGUGAAGCUUACUUGGCCAUACAAAAUGCUCCGAGCCGGGCUAAUUAUGACUACGAAGUACAGAUGUCGAAUAGUGAAGUUCAAAUGGAUUUGCAACAUAUGUUCAAAGCUUUGACAACUCACGUAGACAUGAAAAACAAUUCCUUGAAAUGUGAUUGUGGUCAACGACACUUGAGAACUCGAACGGACAUCCGACCUUUGGAAGCUCGUUAUUGUCGUCGAUGUGCUUGUUAUCACAGCGCCAGAAAUAAUGACAUUUGGGUUGAGACUUCACUUUUUGGACUUGUAUGGCAUUAUUAUUCUUGCUCUGACGGCUUAGUUUACGACAUAACGGAAUGGGCGACGUGUGACAGUAAUUACUUGAAGCAUUUACGUCCUUACUCACAUAACGUUCAAUAUCGUCUUUCGAACCCCGAUUCUGUGACAGAGCAAAGUGUUGGCGAGGAAGUCGAAGAAGCUCGAACAUGUGUUCAAGCUUCUUACCGUCCACCUGAGCAUAAAGAGGAGGAUCGAUCUCGCAGAGCAGCCAAUAGACGACAGAAACGACGUUGA